UUACCCUUUUGCUUCCAUGCAGCUCAUACAGUUAGUCCUCAUUUAUGCUAAUGAUCUACUGGCCGGGUCCGGGAAGAAUUACUUAACCUUAGUCCCACCAUGCAGCUUCACACGGAAUCAAUGUUGGCCCUAGAUCCUGCCAUGCUGGUGGACACAGCGUUACCAGAUGAGGACUCCGACUAUGAGUACGAGUAUGAUGAGCAUGAGACCGAGACCUUCUAUCUUAACCUCGACCUUACCUCCUCUCAUGGUCCCAUUCGGCCCCCUCGACGCUGCCACGACCCCGCGACAGACUCCUCAUCAGUGGCAGCUACACCGGGUCUAUCAUCUGCCUCUGCUCCUCCUUUCCCAAGUGAUGAUAAUGAGUCGGCGCUAGCUAGCACCGAGUUUGACAAUAGCACCGCGGAGCGGGUGCAGAUUCUGGGUCUUCACACCAGCAAUCCCAUCAUCUCGUACCAAAAUCAGGUCUUCAGCUGUUCCUGGACCGACCAACUUGGCACUGAGUUACUCUUCACUCGGCCUGAGCUGGAACCUCAACCUGGAGUAGAAUCCGAAGCGGCAGCUUCACAAGUUGUUCCGUUAAAACAUGGCAAAUACUUCAACCUAAUUGCCGCUAACAGUGUCAAGAUACUGGGUCGUAGGGCGAACCUCAUCUCCAGUGCGAGUCCUAUUCAACAUUCACUCUACCCAGAUAGUGCACUGGACAUGACAGUAGGAACCGUCACUCGCAGAGCGGGACCUCAAACCAACCAGGCCCGAUUUUUGGAGCGACUGGGGAGUAUCAAACAAGCUAGGGGAGAGAAGGAUACUGUACGGACCGUGUUCAGCCUAAAACGGGCUCAAAAUCUUGAGGAGCGCUUGCGUGGCUGGGCACGGACUGAAGAACAACUAGCACAGAUUCAGCAGCUUAAUGAUGCCGCCCUUCAGGGACAUCCCGAUGCCAUAGCAGAACUAGAGAAUAUUUACAAUCAACUUGGAACUCACGAUGCAUCGUCGGUUGAACCUCCAUUUUAACUGCAUUGAGAAGACCCUUAAGUGGUCGUCACUCGAACCCUGCAAAGGAGAAGUCAACCAUAGUGCACUCAAAAUGUUAUUACCUAUCACAUGACUAAAAGCGAGGCUUUUGGGAUACAUGGAUGCUCAUAGCUGAUAUAACCUGCUAGCGCCUUUUGGCCAAUUCUGCAUGAUAAGUUGAUCAUGGAUACAGUCCUGUUUCCCUAGGUAUGUACAGCGUGAACAUAGAAAUAAUUAAUCGUCCACUAAUAUGUAUUCAUCUUAUACAAUCAUCUACUCCGUUCUAUAAACACAUUGAACACCUCGGGCCCUGGCUCGGAGUCUUCUAUGUACGGAGUACAGUGUGAACCCUUUUGUAUCAGUUCUAGGCAAUAAUAGUUCAUUUGGUUGUCCUUUGAUAACCAUCUCCACAGGUCCAAAAAAAAAGACAAAUAAAAGCAAAGGAAAAACAACCGUCUCGCCAAGCCUUACUCCGAGGCCAGUGGUUGAGUAUUUGGAGCGGUUAGGGUGCAUGCUUGUCACGACGAUGAAACAGAAAGGGCGGGGAAUACUCGAAGGACGGUCGCAUAGAGAUCACUGUAGACUUGUGGGUAAAUGGGGUAUGUCUGGUAAAUAAACGUUAUGGGGAAACGAACAUGGAAAGGAAAGGAGACAAGCGAAUAACUCGGUCAACUUAUGGGGUUGGCUCAGCAAGCAUUCGCUCAAUCUUACGUGGCUUAGGCUCUUUCUGGACGUCUU